AGAGAGAGAAAGAAGAGAGAGAAAGAGAGAAGAUUCACUACUCAUCAAUGGCGGCACAGUGAAAUUUGGGUUCUAGAAGUUUCUAUGGGUGCUCAAGAGAAUUCAUCAAACUCUAGUAAUCCGAUGCAGCGUGUAAAGGUCUAUCGCCUGAAUGACGAUGGGAAAUGGGAUGAUCAAGGAACAGGUCAUGUUACUGUAGAUUAUAUAGAGAGGUCAGAAGAUCUAGGAUUGCUAGUAGCUGAUGAAGAAGAUCAUGAGACUUUGCUUCUGCACCGUAUCAGUGCAGAUGAUAUCUAUCGGAAGCAAGAAGAUACAAUUAUAUCUUGGAGGGAUCCGGAGUAUUCAACUGAACUAGCUCUUAGCUUUCAAGAGACGACUGGUUGCUCCUAUAUAUGGGACCAUAUAUGUAGCGUGCAAAGGAACAUGCACUUCAGUAGUCUUAACAAUGAGACAUUUCAUAGUGUCAACAGUGAUUUGAAGGAGUUACCCCCCGUUGAGCUUUCUACGCUUCCCUUGAUAUUAAAGACGGUUGUAGAGGGUGGCAUUGCUGAUCAGUUGCGUGUUACCGAACUAAUAUUGAACGAUCAAGUUUUUUUCUGUAAGCUGAUGGAUUUAUUUAGGAUUUCCGAAGAUCUGGAGAAUAUUGAGAAUCUUCACAUUAUUUUCAAAAUAGUGAGAGGAAUCAUGAUGCUCAAUAGCACUCAGAUCUUUGAAAAAAUAUUUGGUGAUGAGCUGAUAAUAGAUAUUAUUGGGUGUCUUGAAUAUGAUCCAGAUGCUCCUCAUGUUCAUCAUCGCAAUUUUCUCAAAGAGCAUGUGGUCUUUAAGGAGGCUAUAUCUAUUAAAGAUUCGAUAGUCCUAUCGAAGAUACAUCAAACAUACCGAGUUGGCUAUCUUAAGGAUGCCAUUUUGCCUAGAGUGUUGGAUGAUGCAAUAGUUGCAAACCUUAAUUCCAUAAUCCAUUCAAACAAUGCAGUUGUGGUAUCUCUCUUAAAAGAUGAUAGCACCUUCAUUCAGGAUUUGCUUGGAAAGUUAAAGUUGCCUUCUACAUCUGCAGAAUCAAAGAAAAAUUUGGUGCACUUUUUGCAUGAGUUUUGUACUUUGAGUAAGAGUUUGCAGGUGGGCCAGCAACAUCGUCUAUUUAGGGAUCUUAUUAACGAAGGCAUAUUCGAUAUCAUAGCUGAUGUUUUGGAGAGCCAAGACAAGAAGCUAGUCCUGACGGGGACAGACAUCCUCAUUCUUUUCUUGAAUCAAGAUCCAAAUCUUCUGCGGUCUUAUGUAAUUCGCCAGGAAGGUCUUGCACUGUUUGGGCUUCUGGUCAAAGGUAUGCUAACAGAUUUUGAGGAUGAUAUGCAUUGCCAAUUUCUUGAAAUUCUGCGCAGUCUCUUGGAUUCAUAUGCAUCAGGAUCACAGAAAGAGAACAUUGUUGAAAUCUUCUACGAGAAGCACCUAAGUCAACUCAUUGAUGUUAUAACAUCAUCUUGCCCGACGGAUGGUAUCACCCAAGCUGUCAGUAACUCUGAGAGUUUUGAUGGAGGAACUGGAAAGCAAAGUAGUGUCAAGCCUGAAAUACUACUAAAUAUUUGUGAUCUCCUAUGUUUUUGUAUCGUGCACCAUCCUUACAGAAUAAAGUGCAACUUUCUUCUUAAUAAUGUGAUAGAUAAAGUUCUGUUUCUUACUCGAAGAAAAGAGAAGUACCUGGUAGUUGCUGCUGUUAGAUUUAUGAGAACUCUUAUUUCUCGCAAUGAUGAGAAUUUGAUGAACUACAUAGCAAAGCACAAUCUCCUAAAACCUGUUGUUGAUGUCUUUGUUGCUAAUGGAGAUCGCUACAAUCUUCUAAACUCAGCUGUUCUUGAACUUUUUGAGCAUAUUCGUAAGGAUAACUUGAAGAUAUUGCUCAAGUAUUUAGUCGACUCAUUCUGGGAUGAGCUGGUCAAGUUUGAAAAGUUGACAUCGAUCCACUCAUUGAAAAUUAAAUAUGAGCAGUCUCUAGACAGUGCAGGAACGAGAAGUAUCGGCAAUCUAUUAGACGACCCUAGGAAACGAGUUGAAGACCGUGGUUUAGAGAAAGAAGAAGAAGAAUAUUUCAAUGAAGAGAGUGACGAGGAAGAUUCUGCCUCAGCAUUCGUGACUAAUGCAAAUAGAGCGCAGUCUCUGCCGGCCUUGCCUAAUGGAUCUGCUCCAAGCGUCUCACCUGUGAGAUCUGGGGGGCUUGUUGAUUAUGAUGAUGAUGAGGAUGAUGAAGAUUAUAAGCCACCACCUAGGAAGCAGUCAGAUAAUUCUGAUGAAGAUGGGUCAGUAGAGUCUUUCCCGUUGAAACGUAAGCUGUUGCAGAUAGAAGAGCCUGAGCCAAAAAGGUUGCAGCGUAUUGCUAAAGGUUCAAAGUCUCGAGACAGUGUUUUUGCUGCUUUAUGCUCAACCUUAAGUCAAGCAGUUUUACCCUCUAAAAAGAUGGAUAGUACAGUACAAGAUGGUCCAUGCUCAGAUGGGGAUGAGAAAUCUGUCGAGUCCAACCACGAGGAGAAAGGGAAUUCUACUGAUAAUGGGAGUGCUGAUUUGGAUAAUCAUGACCACCGAGAACCAAAUGGUCCUAAAAGUUAUUCUGAAAGCAUGCACACUUCUCCUGAUAAUAGGCAGAGAGGAGAGGACUAUCCAUUAAUACCUCCAAAAUCAUCACCUGAAAUGGCUGUAAAUGGAUCAUGACUCUUCUGAGAUCAUCAUGGCAUUUUGACUCCUACAAUGAUCUACAAGAUAUUGCUUGAGCAUGUGCUUUGCUUCAAAUGACACCUCUGUACAACUUCGACAUGAGUGAUGAUCUAACAGGCAAUUCGAUUGUUGAAUUUCGUAACUAUUGGUGGAGGGGAGUCUGUACAGUGUUGUUACAAGCGUGGGGAGAGAUUAGCCACCGUCUUGAGUUUUCUCUUUCGUUUAGCAUUUCCAAUUGCUCCUGUAAAACAUUACAUAGAUAUAGAAUUUUGGUUACUCCUAUUCUUUGGUUUCAUCUCUACCCCCAACUCCAUCUUCACUUUCCUUAGUUAUGUGCACUUGUAUGCAAUGUAUAGGGCACCAACUUUUGCCCUUGAAAGGUUUAUUCUUCAAUUUAGAGAGGUCAGUGUUGCUUGAGGCCAAAUUUUCUGUUUCAAUG